AUGGCUCCAAAAGAGAUCACUUUCAUCACCGGAAAUGCUAACAAGCUUAAGGAAGUACAAAUGCUACUAGCACCUGAGGCUUCCAGCAUAGAACCCACUUUUAUGCUAGUAAACCAAGAGUUGGAUUUAGACGAAGUGCAAGAUACCGAUCUCGAGGAAAUUGCCAUGCACAAAUGCCGUCAAGCAGCUUCUCUAGUAGGUCCAAACAAACCAGUAUUUGUGGAGGAUACUGCACUAUGUUUCGAUGAGUUUAAUGGACUGCCAGGAGCGUACAUCAAAUGGUUUGUGAAGAGCAUGGGACUGCCCAAGAUAGUCAAGAUGCUAGAGCCGUUCGAAAACAAAAAUGCCCAGGCAGUGACCACUAUUGCCUACGCCGAUGGAGAAGGCAAUUUCCACACAUUCCAAGGUAUCACAAGAGGAAAAAUUGUUGACAGCAGAGGUCCACUAACUUUUGGCUGGGAUGCGAUCUUUGAACCGCUCGAAGCACAGGGCAAGACUUACGCAGAAAUGGAGAAGUCAGCCAAGAACAAAAUCUCUCAGCGGGGAAGAGCUUUUGCCAAGUUUAAAGAGCACUUGACAAAUUAG